CAGUGCUUCAACUGGUACUGGGUAAGGGGAUAGCGGGUUAAGAUCCCAGAUUCCAUGAAUAAAGCAAGCACUGAUAGCUAUCUAAGAGAUAACAAUAUCUGUACUUGGCACAAAGAAGGGUCAGAGGGGUGUGUUGUUAAGAGGUAUAAAAUAAAAUAUCUAGUGUAGUCCUGCAGAGAACCUAUUAAUACCUGGUUGGAACUGGAGAGAACUUGUCCAUUAGUCAAGAACCAUGUCCAAUAAGUACAAUGCGCUAGUGAAAGUUUAUCUCUCUCUAUGCAGUUUUGUCAGUUACAGAGAGUAUUGAAAGCCUAGAGAGAGGCAAUGGGAAAUUCAGAGUGAUUUGCACGUCUACUGGAGGAAGACCACUGACAAUGUCUGUCACUGUACCAUCUGGUGUUGUGGAGGACAUGAAGAACAUAACUGGAAAGGGAGGAGUUGAGUGGGUAGGUAAUGAUACUUAUUCAGCAGAGGUUAUCAAGACAAAUGGAACUCAUGGAGAUGUGUAUGGUUGUAUGGCAUCUAAUGGAGUGUCUAAUGCUUCACACAAUUUCUCUCUGAAAGUUGCUGGGAGUCCAACUAUACUGUUAGUAGUACAGACAUCAGCUACGUCAGUGAUAGUGGAGUGGAGUCAGCCAUCAGGAGGAGCCACAGUGACUGGAUAUGUAGUACACUACAGUGACGGAGACAAUAUGAGCAAUAUGACCGAGUGUAACAUAACUGAAAAUAACAUGACUGAUAGUAACAUCACUAAGAGUAACACAACUGAUGGUAACAUAACAGAGUGUAUAAACACCGAGAGUGACACAACUGACAGUAACACAACUGAAAGUUCCAUGAUCGACAGUGACAUGAUGGAGAGUGUAUAUGCAUCUUCUACUCGUGCUCUGAUUACAAACCUCACUGAAUGUUAUAACUACACAUUUUCUGUUGAAGUUACCUCAGAGCAUCUCUCUGGAAUAUCAAAGACAUUUAUUUUUAAACUAGGUACAUCAGACCUGUCAGUGAAUGUCACAGCUGAAGCAGUGAGUUCAACAGUCAUCUCAGUCCAAUGGGACCACCUGAGACCCUGCGGUCCAGUCAGUCAUCUGUCUGUUAAAUUCUCAGUGAAGUACACUGCAGUGCCUAGUGAAGUUAUAAACCAAACUGAAGAAUUGAUUGUAACAUCAACUGAGGCAAUGCUGACUGGACUCACUCCAUACACCAACUACUCCAUUACAGUAGCUGUAGUGAAUGAGAUGGGAAACGUGGGACCAUACAGUUACCCCACCACAAAUCAAACUUUGGAAGAUGUUCCAGGUCCAGUAGGUGCAGUCACGGCAUCUCCCUCUUCGUCUCAAGUAACCCUGACAUGGGAGCCACCACUGAUGCCUAAUGGAAUAAUCAUAGCAUAUGAGGUUUCCUACAGACAAACAGUUUCCUCAGAGCCUGAGACUAGAGUGAACUCCUCUGCUCUGGCCACUAAUUUCACCACAGAGAGCAACCUUGAGGAGGCCACUGAAUUCAUCUUCUCUGUGAGAGCCUACACCAGAGUGGGACCUGGAAAUGCUACCUCUCUUACUGUGGCUACAUUAGGUGCUGUGUCAAGUCUAACUUUAAUCAAGACCGCUGCAUUACUUGGAAUUGGAAGUGGUGUAGCAUUAAUCGGAAUCAUUAUUAUUGGAAUUGCCAUUUCCUGGACUGUUUUCAAAAGAUCACAUCACAGAGCCAAGCCAAGAUUGUACACAGAGGAUAAUCCAGCCUAUGGUGUAACUCUGGGUGUGAGAUACAAACCAUCAAGAAAGACUGAUUCAUCACCUACCCAUACAGAGGAGCCUGUGUAUGAUACAAUCAGUUAGUAGCAUAACUUCACCUGUAAUCAUUAAUAGAUCGUAGAAGAGUUACUGUUUCUCUGUGAUUUAGGAAUGCCAUAGUGACUAAAAAGUCUUAUCUGAGAGAAAAUGCCAUGAUAUUCAAGAUAUGUUUUGUGUAUUCAGAGUAUAGGCUGAAGCAACUUGGACUAUGCAAAUAGGCAUGUUAAUACAAACCAACAAGCAUGACCAACAACUAUAACAAAUCUUACACCACGAACGAAACAGGAGAGACAGCUACGAAGAAAAACACCCAAAAAACCAGCCUUUCAUUGAAAUAUCUCUGCC